CCUGUGAUCUUCGCGGUUCAUUAGGUGACGUUUGUUUACACACCUCCCUUAUAUCACGGUGCAGAUUUUGCCGGGCCACUCUGCCACAAACCUGGGCACUGACUGGAACCACAUCCAUCAACCUGGUCAUCCGUUGCAAACCUCAAUCAUCUCAAAGAUGUCAGGGAGAUUUGCCAUUGCGCUCCUGCUCACGCUCCAAGUGUCCCUUUGCCUGUCUGAACUCCCGGAGCCCGACAAGGAGCUCGUGGACAAGUAUGACGAGCUGAAGGGGGCUGUUAUCAAGAGAAUACAACAAGUGUACAACAAGGCUCACUCCGCCAUCUCUCCCCAUCUGGAGGAAAGUCAAUAUGCCAAGACGGCAAAGGGCUACGUGGAAGAAGUACAGGAGAGGCCCGGAGUCAAGAACGGAGUUAAAAUUGUGACGGGUAUGGCUCAGGAAGUCGUGCCAUUGGUGGACAAAGCUCGCUCUGCUGGGCUCGGGCUCUAUGGGAAGUAUGUGCGUCCCUACGUUGGACCCUUCCUGGACCAGUGCAUCACGAACUUCCGGACUGCUCUGGAGAGCGUGUGGCCAGCCGAGCACUGAGAUCCCGGCAGCAAACGGAUCUGUCGCCCCUUCUCAUCAAUAGCUUCAGUUUUACACGACACAACAUUCCGAUGAUAGCAGAAUCUGAUUUAAAAUGCACAAAAGGCUAUGCUCUGCAUUAUUAAAUAACUUGCCAACAAUCAUGCAUAAAAAAGGGAAAUUGCAGAAAUAUUAGAAAUUAUUGCAAUUGCCAUAUUUCUCAAAAGAAUGCAACUUACAUUGUGCAUGUACAUAAAUGCUUAUUUCCUAUUCAUAUAUGAAGCGAGAAACAACAAAAGAGGUCACUUGUAUUUGUAUACUGAGCUCAAUAAAAUAAUUGCAAAUUACAAA